AUGCCGGAGGAUCCUGCAGGAAUCUUUGAACUUGUGGAGCUUGUUGGCAAUGGUACCUAUGGGCAGGUCUAUAAGGGUCGUCAUGUUAAAACAGGCCAGCUUGCUGCUAUUAAGGUUAUGGACGUCACUGGGGAUGAAGAGGAAGAGAUCAAACAAGAGAUUAACAUGCUGAAGAAGUAUUCUCACCACCGGAAUAUCGCUACAUAUUAUGGUGCUUUUAUUAAAAAGAACCCACCAGGAAUGGAUGAUCAGCUCUGGCUGGUGAUGGAGUUCUGUGGUGCAGGCUCUGUCACCGACCUCAUCAAGAACACGAAGGGGAACACCUUGAAGGAGGAGUGGAUCGCCUACAUCUGCAGAGAGAUUUUACGGGGCUUGAGUCAUCUACACCAGCACAAAGUAAUUCAUCGAGACAUCAAGGGACAGAACGUGUUGCUGACAGAAAAUGCAGAAGUUAAACUAGUGGAUUUUGGAGUCAGUGCUCAGCUGGACAGGACGGUGGGCAGGAGAAACACCUUCAUUGGAACGCCUUACUGGAUGGCCCCCGAGGUCAUCGCCUGCGAUGAAAAUCCUGAUGCCACCUACGAUUUCAAGAGUGACUUGUGGUCUUUGGGGAUAACGGCCAUCGAGAUGGCAGAAGGUGCUCCCCCUCUCUGUGACAUGCAUCCCAUGAGAGCUCUCUUCCUCAUCCCCCGCAACCCAGCCCCAAGGUUGAAAUCAAAGAAGUGGUCUAAAAAGUUUCAGUCCUUCAUUGAGAGCUGCCUAGUGAAGAACCACAGCCAGAGACCAACCACCGAGCAGCUGAUGAAGCACCCCUUCAUCCGAGACCAGCCCAAUGAGAGGCAGGUCCGCAUCCAGCUCAAGGACCACAUUGACAGGACUAAAAAGAAGCGAGGCGAGAAAGAUGAGACAGAGUACGAGUACAGUGGAAGUGAGGAGGAGGAGGAGGAAAAUGACUCCGGAGAGCCCAGCUCCAUCCUAAACCUGCCCGGGGAGUCGACCCUGCGGCGGGAUUUCCUGCGGCUGCAGUUGGCCAACAAGGAGCGGUCGGAGGCGCUGCGGCGGCAGCAGCUGGAGCAGCAGCAGCGGGAGAACGAGGAGCACAAGCGGCAGUUGCUGGCCGAGCGGCAGAAGCGGAUCGAGGAGCAGAAGGAGCAGAGGAGAAGGCUGGAGGAGCAACAGAGGCGGGAGAAGGAGCUGCGGAAGCAGCAGGAGCGGGAGCAGCGGCGGCACUACGAGGAGCAGAUGCGGCGGGAGGAGGAGCGGCGACGUGCCGAGCACGAGCAGGAAUACAUCAGGCGACAGUUAGAGGAGGAGCAGAGACAGUUAGAGAUCCUGCAGCAGCAGUUGUUGCAGGAGCAAGCUCUACUUCUGGAGUAUAAGCGCAAGCAGCUGGAGGAGCAGCGGCAGGCGGAGAGGCUGCAGAGGCAGCUCCAGCAGGAGCGGGACUACCUGGUGUCCCUGCAGCAGCAGCAGCAGCAGCAGCGGCAGGACCAGAGGCCGGCAGAGAAGAAACCCCUCUACCAUUACAAAGAAGGGAUAAAUGCCAGCGAGAAACCAGCGUGGGCCAAGGAGGUGGAGGAGCGCUCCCGGCUCAACCGGCAGAGCUCACCGGCCAUGCCCCACAAGGUGGCCAACAGGAUUUCUGACCCCAACCUGCCUCCUCGCUCUGAGUCUUUCAGCAUCAGUGGUGUGCAGCCAGCACGGACCCCACCCCUGCUCCGACCUGUGGACCCACAGAUUCCACAUCUGGUCACUGUGAAAUCCCAAGGAAGCUCCUUGUCUGGGUCUCAGUCACUGCAUGAACAGCCUGCAAAGGGACUGGCUGGGUUUCAGGAGGCUCUGACGGUGACCUCUCACCGCACUGAGAUGCCAAGGCAGAACUCGGACCCCACCUCAGAAAACCCUCCUCUGCCCCCUCGCAUUGAAAAGUUUGACCGAAGUUCUUGGUUACGGCAGGAGGAAGACAUUCCACCAAAGGUGCCUCAACGAACCACUUCCAUAUCCCCUGCUCUGGCAAGGAAGAACUCCCCAGGGAACGGCAGCGCCCUGGGGCCCCGGCUGGGCUCCCAGCCCAUUCGGGCAAGCAACCCAGACCUGAGGAGGACAGAGACCAUUGUGGAGAGCCCUCUGCAGAGGACUAGCAGUGGCAGCUCCUCCAGCUCCAGCACUCCCAGCUCCCAGCCCAGCUCCCAGGGUGGCUCCCAGCCUGGCUCCCAGGCUGGCUCCAGCGAGCGCAACAGAGUCAGAGGAAACACCAAGCCUGAAGGGUCUCCUGUGCUCUCCCACGAGCCUGCCAAGGUAAAGCAGGAAGACAACAGGGAUGUGACACGACCGAGCCGACCCGCUAGCUAUAAGAAAGCUAUAGAUGAGGAUCUGACGGCCUUAGCCAAAGAGUUGAGGGAGCUGCGCAUCGAAGAAACCAAUCGCCCCCUGAAGAAGGUGACAGACUACUCCUCUUCCAGUGAGGAGUCAGAAAGCAGCGAGGAGGAGGAGGAGGAAGGGGAAAACGAGACGAAUGAUGGGACCGUGCCUGUCAGUGACAUCCCACGGCUUAUACCAACAGGAAUUCCUGGAAGCAAUGAGCCAUACAACCUGGGAAUGGUGACAACCCAUGGGCUAGAGACUUCCCAUGCAGAUACAUUUAGCAAUAUUUCAAGGGAAGGGACUUUAAUGGUGAGGGAGACCUCUGGUGAGAAAAAGCGUUCUGGCCAUGCAGCCAGCAAUGGCUUUGCAGGUCACAUCAAUCUACCUGACCUGGUGCAGCAAAGCCACUCGCCGGCGGGCACGCCGACCGAGGCCCUGGGGCGAGUCUCCACGCAUGCACAGGACAUGGACUCGGUGCCUGAAUAUGGUAUGGGAAGUAGCACCAAGGCCUCUUUCACCCCCUUUGUGGACACCAGAGUGUAUCAGACCUCGCCUACUGAUGAAGAUGAAGAUGAGGAUGAAGAGUCAUCUGCAACUGCCCUGUUCACCAGCGAGCUGCUCAGACAGGAGCAGGCCAAGCUGAAUGAAGCCCGGAAGAUCUCGGUGGUGAACGUCAACCCCACCAACAUCCGUCCCCACAGUGACACCCCGGAGAUCCGGAAAUACAAGAAGCGCUUCAACUCGGAGAUACUCUGUGCUGCUCUGUGGGGUGUGAAUCUGCUGGUGGGUACAGAAAAUGGCCUGAUGCUGCUGGAUCGAAGUGGGCAAGGGAAGGUCUACAACCUGAUCAACAGACGGCGAUUUCAACAGAUGGACGUGCUUGAGGGUCUUAACGUCCUCGUGACAAUAUCAGGAAAGAAGAACAAGCUGCGUGUCUACUACCUGUCCUGGCUGAGAAACAGGAUCUUACACAACGACCCUGAAGUGGAGAAGAAGCAGGGCUGGAUCACAGUUGGGGACCUGGAGGGAUGCAUCCACUACAAAGUGGUGAAAUAUGAAAGAAUCAAGUUCUUGGUGAUUGCCUUAAAGAAUGCUGUAGAGAUCUAUGCCUGGGCUCCCAAACCAUAUCAUAAGUUUAUGGCAUUUAAGUCUUUUGCAGAUCUCCAGCACAAGCCGCUGCUCGUGGAUCUCACUGUAGAAGAGGGUCAGAGGCUGAAGGUUAUCUUUGGAUCACACACUGGUUUCCAUGUGAUUGAUGUAGAUUCUGGGAACUCUUACGAUAUCUACAUACCAUCUCACAUUCAGGGCAAUAUUACUCCUCACGCCAUUGUCAUCCUGCCUAAAACAGACGGGAUGGAGAUGCUGGUGUGUUAUGAGGAUGAAGGUGUCUAUGUCAACACCUAUGGACGGAUAACUAAGGAUGUGGUGCUCCAGUGGGGAGAAAUGCCUACUUCUGUGGCCUACAUUCAUUCCAAUCAAAUAAUGGGCUGGGGAGAGAAAGCUAUUGAAAUCCGGUCAGUGGAGACGGGACAUUUGGAUGGAGUAUUUAUGCACAAGCGAGCUCAAAGGUUAAAGUUUCUAUGUGAAAGAAAUGAUAAGGUGUUUUUUGCAUCGGUGAGAUCCGGCGGCAGCAGCCAAGUGUUCUUCAUGACGCUCAACAGAAACUCCAUGAUGAACUGGUAACAGAGGAGCACUUGGCACUCACCCCCAUGGCAUUAUUUCUAAUGUAAAGGACGUUAAACACGAGGACUAACACUGUAGAGGCAGAUGUGGAGGGACACGGCUCCCCACGCCCCCCUGGUGCCCCCAGCCCCGGGGCGGGUGCCGCGGGCAGGGACGGACUUUCGCGCUUGGACCCCCCGAGGUCUCCUGAUUACGCUGUGUUAUAGUGGGUUAUGAGUUCUCCUUUA